GUAUGAUAUCAUAGGAAUAGCAAAGACAUUUAAUAUAUAAAAGGCCACAUGCAAAGUCCUCUGCAUGAUCAGAGUCCUCUAAUCAGAGCAUGCCAAGAAAAAAGUCAGGUGGCUCUGGAAGGACCUGCUCCAGGUGUGGCUACACUAAGAACCCCAGCGGUUAUUGCCCAACCUGCUACCAGUUGAAGAAAGCCAGCAGCUCAAGUUGUACAGCUACAACUGGACAAAGAUGCUCCAAGUGUGGCCACACCAAAAACCCCAGCGGUUAUUGCCCAACCUGCUACCAGUUGAAGAAAGCCAGUAGCUCAAGUUGUACAGCUACAAGAGCUUUAGCCACAGCUACAACUGGACAAAUAUGUUCCAAGUGUGGCCACACCAAGAAUCCAAGCGGUUAUUGCCCAACCUGCUACCAGUUGAAGAAAACCAGCAGCUCAAGCUGUAUAGCUACAUGCAUGACAGCUGUAGCCACAGCUACAACUGGACAAACAUGCUCCACGUGUGGCCACACCAAGAAUCCCAGCGGCUACUGUCCAACCUGCUACCAGAUAAAAAAACAAGAUGAGAGACCCAUUACUUCGACCGCAACAAACAGCUUUGUGAGCUUGAUUGAUGGGGGGCUGCUAGGGGUGCACGAUGAAUCAGGGUACUACGAAAGAGAGAAGAUGGUGCACGGGGCUUCAGUAACAAGCCCAACCCGCUCAACUGAAGAGUACUCUACUACACCACGGAGGAGAGCAGACGAGUCCGGAUAUAUCAGCGAUACAGAUGGUGAUUCACUGGCACCCUCAAGAGAGAUGACAGCAAGCCCUGUUAGGAAGACAGCACCAACAUCAGCGAUCACAUUGAGAGCCUCAUCAAGUCCAGUGUUGUCGAUGACUACACAAGUUCCACACUUCCUGGUGUCCAGUCCGGUGUCGAUGAAUAAAAGCACACAAGUUCCACACUUCCUGGUUGACAGUGGCCUACAAAUAGAAUCGACUACCCUCAAGAGUGCUUUGCCUACAACCUCCAACAGUGCCGCAACACCAAAAGCAACUACAUCAACAGUACACCAAGCUACUGUAAUCAACCCGCAAACUACACCCAGCCCAGAAAAGCAAGCUACAUCUCUCACGGUGAAACAAGCUUCUGCGUGGGACAUAGACAGCGAGCUAUCUCCAACGACAACAGCCAGCCCAGAAGAGCAAGCUACAUCUCCCACGGUGAAACAAGGCCAAGCUUCUGCAGGUGACUUGGAUAGCGAGCUAGUUCCAACGACAACAGCCAGCCCAGCUAAAUCUCCCACGGUGAAACAAAACCAAGCUUCUGCAGGUGACUUGGACAGCGAGCUAGUUCCAAAUACCCUGGCUUCUACACCACCUACGGUUUCCCCGGCUAUCACUUUAACACUACUCUCUGAACAAAGUGGAGACUGGAACUACUUUAGCAAGCGUAUGAUUCAAACAAUGCCCAAGGCCACUAUUCAAGAAAUAUACAAGAUAUACAAUGAGGGGUUGAUCGAGAGAUACAAAUUUGCAAGAAAAAGAAUGCUUUGCAAAAACAGUGGCAACCUAAACGAGAUGAUACUAUUCCAUGGAACAUCUAACGUCUCACCUAGCAAAAUCAUCAACUCUGAAUUUGGAUUUGAUUUUCGAUACUGCACCAAAGGGCUGUGGGGAGUUGGUACAUAUUUUGCAAUGGACGCUAGCUACUCUAGUUCUUACAGCUAUAAGCCACCCGGGCAGGGGCAGAAAGAGAUGCUAGCUGCAUGGGUGCUAACGGGAGAAAGCUAUCGAUGUGAGCCAGACGAGAAACUCAGAAGGCCUCCAGCCAAAAGUGUCGAUGGAGAGGAGUACUACGACACUGUCUGUGGUCAUGUGGGGGGUAGUGAUGUGUACGUGGUGUAUGACCACGAGAAAGCAUACCCCAGGUACUUGAUCAGAUACACAACUGAUUGACUGAUGAAUUGUAGUUUUUUUUCCACCAUAGUCAAUGUCAUACAUACUUCUAUUGUUCAUGACAUUAUUAUGAUCUAUAGUCAAUGCCAAUUUUGUUCAUUUCUUGUUACUCUUUUGAAACAGAACAAUUUAAAAACAAGUUUGCCACUUCUA